GCCACUGCGAGUCGGUGACCAAAGCGCGAAGAGCGCGCUCGCUCCCCGUGACAUGUAGCGCGGCCGAGCGCCGCAGCCUCGCGACCACACGCCGGUGGCGGCGCCCAUGCGCUCGCCGUCGGCUCGAGACCCUCGAACCCUUAAGUGUUAUCGGUGCAUCUGAAGCGAGCUCGUCCCGUCAUAUCGACACCGUCGGAUGGAACCCGGAGUGCAGCGAUUCGCAAGCGGCGGGAGCUAGCUCAGACAUGGGAAGUGAGCACUAUUGCCUGAGGUGGAACAAUCAUCAGAGCAACCUGCUGGGAGUAUUCAGCCAGUUGUUGCAAGACGAAAGCCUAGUAGACGUCACACUCGCGUGCUCAGAGGGUGCCUCCAUACGGGCUCAUAAGGUGGUACUGUCUGCUUGUUCAUCGUAUUUCCGUUCGCUAUUCGUGGACCAUCCAUCGCGCCAUCCUAUUGUGAUCCUCAAGGACGUAGGUUUGGAGGAACUCCGAACACUCGUCGACUUCAUGUAUAAGGGCGAGGUCAACGUCCAGUAUUGCCAACUCCCUGCUCUCCUCAAAACUGCUGAGAGCCUUCAGGUAAAAGGAUUAGCUGAGAUGACUACAUUAAGUGCCGCGGGUGUGGAGGCUAGGAAUGUUUCAGAACCGAUGGAAGAAUCUGCAGCACCAAACACUAGCGAAUGUACCGAGUCGCAAGACAGAUUGCAUGAUAGAGAAUCUCGCGAUAAAGAUGAGAGACACGAUAUAAAAGAACCCCGAGAAAGAGAAAAAGAAAUACGAGAAAGCAGAGACAUACGUGAACCCAGAGAUUUGCGGGAAUCGAGGGGGGAAAAGGAACGAGAGUCCCGCGAGUUAAUCAGAGAUAGAGAACCCCGGGAAUCAAGAGAGACCCGGGACCAUAGAGAAAUACGAGACGGAAGGGAGUCUCGUGAUUUGCGAGAGUUACGCGACGCCAGAGAGGGACCUGAGACUUCACCUCCUAGAAUAUCUCCUCUGCUAUCUGUGCGUAGAUUUAGAACGGAAUCAUCCGUUGAGACAUUGACGCCUACGCAUCCCCCGAUACUUAAAGAUGAACCCCCUGACGAACCUAUGAGAUCGUUGUCACCAGAAGACGACUCGGUUUCAAUACGAUCAAACGGAGCAAGUGAAAGUAUUGGUAUUAACAUGACGAUAAAUAGUCACAGCAGCCUGGCUUCAAGAUAUUCACCCGUUGAACAGAGAUUGAGUGUCCUAAAUACUUUGCCACAUCCAGGGCUGCCACUUCAUUCUCACACAUCCUUGCCAAGCCCAAGACAUGAGCCCAUUGCUGGACCAUCAGGGCUGCCACCUGUUCAACAAGUACCAUUAUCAUUGAAGAAAGAAAUAGAUUGGGACCGAAGUAAUGAAGACAAGGGCGGUGGAGAACCUUCAGCUUCAGAUUAUCGACUGCAGCAUGAAUCGAUGUGUUUGGACAUGUCAUGCGGUGCGCCUGGCAUCCCAAGUCCGAUCCCACCGCGGAGCCCUACCGCCAUCCCGCUGUGGUCGCCACUGCUCGCGUUACAGGCUUGCCGAAUCAGAAGGUAUCUUAGCGAUGAUUGCAUGACUUAUCAAAAUCGCCAUCUUCUUCACUCUGAACGGCGUAGGUGCGGCGUUUGCCUCGCAUCCUUCCCUUCAGCUUGGUUAUUGGAAAGACACGCUGCACUUCAACAUGCUUCGCAAACAGCUUGUGAAGAUAAGCCAUUCGUUUGUGAACAGUGUGGACAAAGUUACCGGUAUAGAUCCGCUUAUGUCAAGCAUCGUGAACAAAAUCACCGAGCGAGACUGCCGGCGGAUAAGUUAUUUACAUGUGAUGUCUGCGGCAUGCAAUUUAGAUACCUAAAAUCUUUCAAAAAACAUCGUCUCAAUCACACCUUAGAAAGGCUUCACACUAAGAACACUGAUCCUCCAGAAGAACCAGUGUCUAGCACCAAUGAAGUCUUAAUAGGACAAUGUGGGGAAAUGGAUUUAUCUCUCAAGAAGAGAAACAGAAAUGAAUCCACAAAAAGCCCGCCAAUUGAAGUUAUAGGUGAUGCGGAACAAGAUAGCACCGUAGAUUCUAAUGGCGCCACUGAUUCAAUCGUUACCGUCGAUGACUCCACUGACUGUCGAAACUCCAGUGCUGAAAGUGAAACUAGGAGAGAUGAGGAUGCCGCCCCCGAAGAAAGAAAACGGGUUCCCGUUUCGUUCGCCAGCAUCAGCUCUAUGGCAGACAGCUCUGAAAGCGAAUCGAGAGGUGACGUUAGCAAAAUUGAGACAUCCAGUGCACAUUCAGGUAUCCUUGGAUUUUUGCAAAACGACGACAGACAAAGAGAUAGGGAGAGGAGAUUCGCGUGCCCCUUUUGUGGCAAAUGCGUUAGGUCAAAAGAGAACUUGAAAUUGCACGUUCGAAAGCACACCGGGGAGCGUCCGUUUGUGUGUCUAUUUUGUGGAAGGGCUUUUGGUGGGAAGAGCGAUUUGACACGUCACCUGCGCAUACACACGGGUGAGCGCCCUUAUCACUGCGAAGCGUGCGGUAAGUGCUUUGCGCGAGCCGACUAUCUCUCGAAGCACCUCACCACACACGUCCACAACGCACGUUGAUCGAUCGCGCCGUCCUUAUUCAAUCUUUUCAUACCUCUAUAGUUAACGACCGAGUCAAACAGAAAAUAGGAAUAUUUUUUAAAACGUUUUUAACCUUCAUAAAAAUAUAUCUUAACAGGUCUAAUUAGAUUUUACAUGACUGUUUUCGUUUCGGACUUCUAUUUAUAGUUUAAUAGAUAAUUUUCGAUAUUUAUUCUAUACAUAAUAAAUGGGAUAAUAUUUAUAAUUAUUGCUAAGGCAAAUGAAUAAUAUUUUAUAUGUUUUGUUAACGUCACACUACAUAACUGGAACGCAAUAAUAUGGCUUUUAGUUCGUAUCCGAUUUCAAUUCAUGGUAUUUAAAUAUUUCGCAUACCGUUUAGAAGCAAUACUAAGGUUCUUGAUGUAAUCGAAAAUUUCAGGGAAUCAUUACAAUUUUGUAACGUGUAAAAUACGUUUAUGCCAUAUAAUAUUAAAUCAAAAAUAUUGAUAGAAAACAAAUCUAUGGGAAUUAGCAAAAUGUAGUCGUGACGAAUAGGUAAGUAGGAGAAUGCAAAAGCUGUGAUUUCAUAUGAUUAAGACCAGUCAACAAGUUUUAGAACAUCGAAAUGUUUUAUGUAAGUAAAUUAAUAUUAACGUUUUCAUAUUAAAUAUAGAUUUAAGAAAUCUCUCUGUGCCAAAAUAUGUACCUCAUAUAAGUAAACAAUGAAGUAGAUAAAAUAAUUAUUUAUUGCUUAAAUACGUUUUUGAACUCAACUGUCGAGUGCAAUUUUGACAAUCUGACCAUCAUUUAUAUAAUCUUAUUUAACCGUGUAGUUACAAUUAUAACCGAAAUGCCUACUACUUUUAAAUAAAUUAUUUUCUUCGUUCGGUAACUAAAAAUACUCGCCCGCAAAUAAAUUAUAUUUUAAGAUUACACUUACUGCCAAUAUUGUGAUAUUAUUUAUACAAAUAAAUCUUUUGUAUGAAUCAUGCUUUUAUCAAAACUAUUAUCCGUGAAUAUUUAUUUAAAAACAAUAAAUGUUAUAUAUCAAUUUCUGCCGAUAGAGAUAAGUAUGUUGUUUUUCAUGUUAUGUGCCUAAUAGCAUAAGAAUUUUAAUUUCAUUUCUACCAGAAAUGUUUCCAAUGUAGACCGGAAAUGAUUAUUCAUUUAGAAUUGUCCUAUAUUAUUCAAUUUGGCUGCGUAUAUUUGUAAAACUGAUGUUCUAAAUUCUAAAUUCUAGACAAAGACAAAAUUCUAGAUUCUAAAUUCAAAACAGUGUUUCCAAAUUUGAAAAGUUAGGCCUGGCUACAGUCCGAAAGUCUGACUUCACAAAUGCUUCUUUAAAAUACAGUUCUUUAAGAUCUUAUCUUUUUGUUUUCGUACGUCGUCCUAGUGGGAUACAGGCAGUCAAUUACUAGACUCAUGGCGGUAAAUAUUUGCAUUAUUUCAGGUGCAAUCCGCAAUAAAGCAUGUGAAAGUUUUUACGUCGAUUUUACAAACCAAGCCAACUUAGUAUAAAAACUGUCAAUUACAUUAAUAAGAGAAUUAAUAUAGAUCUAUAGAAUGCGGGCUAGUAUUUUUUAAAUAUUAUUGUCAGGAAUAGUUUAUAGAGGCGUUUUGACGUAAACCUCAACAAUGGCCUUCAUAAUAUUGUUUAGUAAAAUACAAAUAUAAUAAUUAUCCAAUAAAUGUCAGUAUAAUAGUUUAGUUAAUCUAGUUCAUUUACAUGGUUUGUUUUAAAUGGAAUUUCCGAACACAAUAUUUUUAUGAAGUAGAAAACGCCAGAGGGAUGUAAUGUUAAGUAAUUAAGUAAUCGAAUCUAUAGCGUAAACGAAAAGCAAUACUCUGAUUUUAUUUUUAUUAUGGAAAUACUCGAAAGUAAACUAUGAGAAACAAUAUAUUUCGGGUUAGGAUCGAUAUAGCUUGAUAAAGUCGCAGGAACACCCCUUGAAACGUGUCAUCGAAAACAUAAAAUUGUGUAUAUGUAGAUAUUUACCCAUUUAUAAAUUAUUAAGUAUUCAAAAUUGAUGUUGACUGUUUUUAUAAUUAUAUCAGUGGUAGUUACUUGAUGUUGUGGUGUAAAUUAGUGUCUUAUCUUAGUGGGCAAAGACUUCUCGUAGGUAUACUGUUGGUUGGUUUGGGCCGCUAUCACUAUAAACUGCAAUAACUUCAAUGACAGUUCACUGUCCUUAAUAACGUAACCUGUACCAAUUUGAGAUUGGCAACGGGAACGUAAAAAGAAUCUGUAUUUGUAUGAAAAAUCUUACGCGUAAUACUAUGACUUUUAUACAGAUAUUUCACGCAAUUCUAAAAUGUCGAAGUGAUUUAGAAACAGGCCACUGUUUACCAGAAACUUCUAGCUACCUUCGAGUUGUUUUUGCUCUUUUAGUAUUUAAUCGGUGUGGUCUCUUCUUUACAUAAAUUUAUUCGUGUAUAACAUUUAAGAACUAUCGUGUAUUAUUUUUAUUCGAAUUCUAAAGAAUAUUUGAGCACAGCAAAUGUAAAUAUGUGCUACCAGGUCAAAUGUGAUAAAUUAGACUUUAAGAGAUGUGCGGACUAUAGGUCGAGGAUUUCACUCAAUUGUAACGAAAUAUUUGAUCUCUAAAUAUUUUGUUACGUUACGAAAUUCAAGAUUUAUAUUCCUUUUAAUAUAUUACGUAGACCGCAUUGUCUAUAGACUCUAAUUUUUAGCGAUUUGGUGAAGAAUAUUCAUCUUUUUUGCUGCAGUGACUGUGAGCUAAUGGGCAUUAUUUGUUGAGUAAAUAUAUUUAAUCAACAAUGUAAACGUUAUGGCGAAAGUCCUCAUCAGGUAAUUCAAAUAUUAUAUAAAUAAUUUCAAAUGGAACGAAAGGAAAUGAGAAAUGUCAGUUUCUAGAUAACCUCAAAAAUUUAUUAAAACACCCUAACACCUCUUGCGCCACCUUUAAAAACAAGCAAAUGAUAACAGAUAGUUGUUUUCUUUGUGAUCCAAAAUUAACUAACGAGAAAACAUCUUCAGUUGGAAAACGAGCUCCGUCGGUUUCUAGAUAUUGGGUCGCAAUUCUUAUUUGACGGAAAGGAUUUUUGACACAUGACACUACCUACUAAAAAGAAACCUUUUGCCUCAUUAUGCUUUUGUUAUAUCAUAACAUGGUCCUACAAUGCUCUCUUUAACUAACCCGAUAACAUCUAUUAUUUAUAAUAACUGACCCAGUGACGGGAAGAUUGACAUAAUAUUGGCAGAGAAUAUUGAGAAUUUAGAAAACCGCAAGGUUAAGAAAGGAGUUGGUAACAUUCGCGAUGCAUAUUUCUCCGACAUGACAGAUAUUAGUCGAUUUGAGAAAUAUACAAGUACAUAAAAUCAUCAAAGGUGAUUUGGUAUUUUGUAAUAUUGUUGUUAUAAUUGUGAUAUUACUAUAAGUUGAGACCGUGUAGCGUAGUAAUGUCAAGUUUGUAUUCUUACGUCUUGUCGGUGGCGCUUUAGUGCGAAUGUAACAUCUAUUUGCUGACGUAUAGAACUCAUUCUUGCAACAUUGAAUCUCUACUAUGUUUGACAAAGUAUUAAACGAGCAUAGAGUUCCGAGAUGCCAAGCUAAAAUUUUUCAAGGAUUUUGCACUGAUAUUACGAUGACGUUUGACACUUUGUCCAACUGGUAGAAAUGCCGAAGUCUCUGCACAUAGACAACAACGAUUGAUUCUAGACUGAUUUUCGGGUAGAGGUAACGUAGGCCAGAACGUUCACAGGCAGUAAAUAUUAUUAAUUUAAAGCCAAACGCAACUUCAAUAGUGUAACAUUAAGAGAGUUUAUUUAAUUUUAAACUUAUAUCUACAGAACGUUUUAUAUACCAAUCUUAAAUUAUUUUUCAGAUGUAUUGAUUUUUAUACAUGUCCAUAUUUUACAAGGUGAAUAGUGGUAAGUGUAGUUACAUAGAUGGGUCUAUUAACCGCGUGGUGCUACAUGUGUAAUGAUAUGUGAUAGAUAUUGUUCAGAGACAUUUUAUUUAUCAAGCUUCCAUAGAUAAUGUAACACAUAAUGUAUGACAGCAAUAAUUUUGUUUAGAUAAGAACAGUUAUUUUACAAUCAACUUCGUUAUGUUUAAUUUCGUAUUGACCAAACAAAUUCAUCGGUUGCAUAGUCUGGCAUUGAUUGAACUGAUUUUGUAAUUAUUGAUGUCGGUAGAAAUAUUUUGAAUUUAUCGAUCAUUAGAUAUUUGUUUACCAACGUAUAAGUUGUACUUGUUAAUUGUACAAAAGCAGGCAUUAUUGUUAAUGAGAAUCUAAUGAUUGAUAAAAGCCGUGUAUAUAAUAAUAGUCGAGACAUCGCUAGUUAGAUAAUAUUUAUUUGGGUUCGGAUAGGAAGGCUCACUGUAUAAUUUAUUAUUUGUUGACUUGUUUUAUGGCCUUAUAAAAAUGUAAGUUAGCCGCGUUAACCAAGAUCAAUCAAUAUUGUACAAUUUCUUAAAUAAAUCAUAUUUUUCAUGUAAAGAUAGUGAUAAUGACCUCUUUAGUCCUCCAAGGAACAGAAAGAGUUUGUUGACAAGGUUCGUUUUAAACACACUUUUCUAUGCGAAAGUUCACCCAUCGUAUUCCAUUAGCUUUUAGUUAGUUUUUUUAUUGAGUGUGUUUUGUAGUGAAUAAGUAUUGCCCGAUCCCAUAAUUUUUUUUAGAUUUCUUCAACUGGCAGGUGACAGUCGGAAAGUGUCAAUUGACAUGCUCUAAUAUUGUCUAUUCCUGUAUAUAUAAGUCCCACCCAUGGCACAGGAAAGGUAUAAGUCUGACGAUGUGUUGUACCUGUAUGUGAAUCAGCCGGAAUUAUAUUCUAGUUUGACGUAUGGCUUUAGUCGUCACGCAAGUCUUUGCUUAUAGCAUUUGAAUAUUCGCAAUCUUAAUAGACUUAGUGCCAUGUGAUUUGUCUUCCACCAUAGUAUUCAGGUGACCUAAUUAGUUUGCAUAAUAUUUAUCAAAUUGAGUUGCUUAACGAAUACAUAAUGGAUGAACUUUCACUAUUUUAACCAACUGGUAUAAUAGUACAUUGUUAUAUUAUAUGAUAUAUUUUUUUUACUGGUGUAUUUCAGAUAAUUAUUACUGUUAACCAAAUAAGCCCGUUUUAUAGUUUUAACAUGAAGUUAUUAACUUUUUAUAUAGGUAUUUAAAGAUUUUUAUGUUAGUGAUACCAUCUUUACAAUGAAACAGUCCAUUAAUCUCUUGUCCAUUGUCCAAACUUAGAAUAGUUUCAAUUUUUGUAUGUGUAUGAAACACCCUCUAAAUUAAUAUUGCUAUUGUGUAUACUUAAUUUAAAUAUUGAUGUGCAAAAUUAUAGUAAAUGUCUUGGAUCUCUAAAAUUAAAAAAAAGACAAAAACACUUUACAAAAUUUCUAAAUGUGAAAUAAAUGUGUGUGUUGUAGUGUUACCAUUAGGCAUAAAAAUUUUGCUAAAAAAUAUGGCUACUGAAGUGGGCGGGAAUGCUCAUUUUGAAUUUUGUGUAUAACUAUGAUCUCAGUAGAAGCAGCCAUAUUUUUUAGUGUGUUAUAUAAAUAUUUGGCACUUUAAAAAAAGGCACAUUUUUCUUAUUAUUAUAAUUGAAAAAUGGUUUGAAACGUGUUGAAAUGGAUUUGUUGAGUACAUUAAUUUCAUAAUGAAAUAUAUUUGUUUCAUUAA